AUGGCUUCUCUGUCGGUGGUGCUGAAGUCCUGGGUAGUUCUGCAGACACUCUGCUUGGUUCUGGCCCAAGUGAGAGGUCCACCUGGACCUCAGGGCCAGGCAGGCCCACCAGGCCCUUCUGGCACUCCUGGCUCAGACGGCAUUGAUGGAGACAAAGGUCCACCUGGUUCCCCAGGUCCACCAGGGCAAAAGGGAGAACCAGGAGAGCCAGGUCCUGAUGGCGCACCGGGAGAUAACGGCAUUGAUGGUUUAAUUGGGGCAAAGGGGGACCGAGGUCCAGUGGGAAGCCCCGGCCCGAAGGGUCAGGUUGGGUUAAGCGGCGAACCUGGCAGACCUGGACCCGGUCUCCCUGGACUUGCAGGAGCUCCUGGGCCGAUCGGACUUCCUGGUGAAAUUGGACUGACUGGAACGAAAGGUUUGAUGGGACCACCUGGGCCUCCAGGACUUCCUGGAACACCAGGCAAACCAGGCCCACCGGGGAAGUUCAUCGGUGGAGAAGAAGGAAGCGCCGACUUCCAGUGUCCUCUUAACUGUCCAGCAGGACCAAAGGGCCCACAGGGAAUGCAGGGAGUCAAAGGCCACAAAGGACGUCCCGGUGUUCUUGGAGAUCCCGGCAGUAUUGGAAAGCAGGGAAUCAAAGGAGAAGUGGGCAUCUCUGGAGAGCAAGGAAUCCCAGGACCUUCGGGUCCAAUGGGUGUGAGAGGUUACCCAGGGAUGAUGGGUCCCAAAGGAGAGGCGGGACCCCGCGGUUACAAGGGCAUCAACGGACCUGUAGGGAUUCCCGGACCUCCAGGUGAGGAGGGGCCUCGGGGUGGACCUGGAGAAGCAGGCGACAAGGGAGAUAAAGGCAGCCGCGGCAUUCAGGGCCCACAGGGUGCAGUCGGCAAAAAAGGAGACGAUGGCCUGCCUGGCAUUGAUGGAAAAGAUGGCACACCUGGCAUUCCUGGAAUCAAAGGUGGGCCCGGCCAGGCCGGGAUGCCAGGACCCCCCGGGCCACAGGGAACAGCGGGAUUGCCUGGUGCUCCAGGAAGCAAAGGUGGCCCCGGAGUUAAAGGCGAGCUUGGACCCAGGGGUCAAAGUGGCAACCCCGGUUCCUCCGGACCUCUGGGUGAGCCUGGUGUUCCUGGCGAAGCUGGGAUGGUGGGAGUUCCUGGUCCUAAGGGAGACCGAGGUCAACGUGGCCCAGUGGGUCCUCAAGGAAUCGUCGGGAAAUUUGGAGGCAAGGGCGAGAGGGGGCCAAUGGGUGUUCCGGGUGCUCAGGGAUUGAGCGGGACCAAAGGAGAUAAGGGAUUCCAAGGAAAAGGUGGGCCAAAGGGAGAUAUUGGUGAUCCAGGUGUUGAGGGGUUGGGUGGUGAGAAAGGUGAAAAGGGUUUGUCUGGAGAACCUGGACCUAAAGGACAGCAAGGAGUAAGGGGCGAUCCCGGGCACAACGGUCCAACUGGAGACCCCGGUAAACCAGGUGACCCUGGACCUGCUGGACUACCUGGCCCCCGAGGAUUGAAUGGAGUGCGAGGUGUGCCUGGCAUGACGGGCAUUCAGGGGGGACCGGGACGUGACCCAUCUGACCAGCAUAUUAUCGAAGUGGUGCUGAAGAUGUUGCAAGAGAGGCUGGCAAUAGUUGCCGUGAGUGCCAAGAGAGCUGUACUUGGUGGAGCUGGCGUGAUGGGACCACCAGGCCCUCCCGGACCUGCAGGAGCACCUGGUCCCCAGGGAACACAUGGUGUACCUGGUUCUAGGGGCAUUCCUGGCAUGAUUGGAGCUGCCGGGCAGAUUGGGAACACAGGGCUGAAAGGAAAGAGAGGGGCGAAGGGUGAGAGAGGAAACCCCGGAAAAGCCCAUCAGGGACCACCAGGACCCCCAGGAAUUCAAGGUCCUCCCGGUGUUGACGGUGUAGCCCGAAACGGCAGGCCAGGUGAAAUAGGCCCUCAGGGAGUAGCCGGUGAGCACGGUCGUCCCGGUAAGGCGGGUCCACCAGGUCUCCCGGGCUACUGCGAGGCCGCGACGUGUCUGGCCGCCUCGGCGUACACUUCUCCGAGACUACAGGAGGCGGGAACCAUCAAAGGACCCGGCAUUUAGAGUAACCAGUUCGGGGAGGGAGAGAAGGACCGAGACCACUCUUCUCACUUGAACGUCAAGGGAGCGGGGAGGAAAAGUACAUUGACUAGAUGUAUUGCAACCCCUUUUUUUUCAGACAACCUGAUGGGACGUUCGUUCUCUCUUCUUUAUCCCUUACAUCACAAUGACAAAUCAGCGCCACCCACCGACAAUCCCUCUCAAAUGUUCUCCAGUAUUUCGGAUCAUGUGUGAAUCUCCGAGAGGAUCUGACAGCAAAGUAGAAGGUACAUCUGCGCCAUGUUUUUUUUGUGAUUAGUGAAAAAUGUCCUUCCUCUCAUGCGACAUCACGGCCACUCGCCUUUAAAAAAAUGUACAAAGGUCUAAUAAAUAUCUCUGAAAUGUACUCUCAGUACAAAACCUUUGUAACAUGUAUUAUUGCCAAUUGUCAGCUUGAGUGAAAUCCCUCAUUCUAUCCUUUCUCCAUUACCCGCUUUCUGCCCAAGUCUCAUUUUAGAAACUAACGACUACUUUAUCUCUUCCUCUUGUUGCCUGGCAACGGCAUAUCCCAAUGGGCACUCCCAUCUCCCACAAUGCAGUGCUGUAAAUCUUUGUAAAUGUGUGUUGAUUAUUAUGUAGCGAAAAAGAAAUGGGUUACGAUAUGCGCCGACAAAAAAAAAA